UCAUUUCUAUGUCAUUUUGAAUUUUCUCAUUAUGAGUUUUAUUUUACUAUUAUUUGCAUGGCUAGGAAUUUUAAUGUGGAUGCCUAAUAUUAUUAGUCUUACCUUGUUUGUUGCUGUACAUGUGUAUUGUAUUUCUAUAAGUAUUCUUGAGGUUUCUUUUGGGAUGAAGUUGAUCUACUUGGAAUCAGCUUGAUAUUUUCUUGUCUUGCUGUUAAGGUUUAUUAGGCAAUACAAGAGAAAUGUUUAUUCUAUGGUUAAUUUUUUUCUCACUACUCAGGCAAACAACCCUCUGAGUAUUCUGCUAGAUGCUCCAUGUAUUGAGAUUUUUGUAACUUAGGGACAGGAACUAUUCCAGCUUUAUGUGUGCUCCAUGUGCUGCCGUCCCCUCUAACCCUUUCAGAAGUGAUUUAUACAAUGAAGAAAGAACAUGUUCUUUGGGCUUCUCUGCUGCUUAGUCUUGCCCCUGCCCCUCUUAAAGCUGAUCCUGAGGAAGGUGAAGAACAUACAAAUAUCACAGAUACUGCGUUGCCACCACUGAAACCUCUGCAUUCAUUUUGUGCAUUGAAGGCGGAUGAUGGCCCAUGCAAAGCAAUGAUGAAGAGAUUUUUCUUCAAUAUUUUCACUCAACAGUGUGAAGAAUUUGUAUAUGGGGGAUGUGAAGGAAAUCAGAAUCGAUUUGACAGUCUGGAAGAGUGCAAAAAAAUAUGUGUGAGAGAUUAUGGAAAGAAGUUUACAAAGACAACAUUCAGAGAAGCUGAAUAUUCAGAAAAGCCAGAUUUCUGCUUUUUGGAAGAAGAUCCUGGAAUCUGUCGAGGUUAUAUUACCAGGUAUUUUUAUAACAAUCAGUCAAAACAGUGUGAACGUUUCAAGUAUGGUGGAUGCCUAGGCAAUCAAAACAACUUUGAAUCUCUGGAAGAAUGCAAGAACACCUGUGAGGGUACAUUGAAUGAAUUCCAGGUGGAUGAUUUUAAAACCCAGCUUGAUGCUUGGAAUAAUAAUUCCUUGACUCCCCAACCAACCAAGGUUCCCAGAACUUUUGAAUAUCAUGGCCCCUCAUGGUGUCUUACACCAGCAGACAGAGGAUUGUGUCAAGCCAAUGAGAACAGAUUCUACUACAAUUCAGUCAUUGGGAAAUGCCGCCCAUUUAAGUACAGUGGAUGUGGGGGAAAUGAAAAUAACUUCACUUCUAAAAAAGCAUGUCUUAGGACAUGUAAAAAAGGUUUCAUCCAAAGAAUAUCUAAAGGAGGACUAAUUAAAACCAAAAGAAAGAGAAAGAAGCAGUCAGUGAAAAUAGUAUAUGAAGAAAUUUUUGUUAAAAAGAUAUAAAUUAUACCCUGGUUUCUUUUUUGGAUCAAAUAAUUCUUUUGCCUUUUACUAAAGAUUUCUGUGGAGAGGAACAACUCUGAGUUUUUGAUCAAUUUUUUGAGGCCUGCUUUGGCAAGGCUAAUAAAAAGAGGACAUAAAUUUUUUAUAUUAUUGGAACAUUAAUUCUACUAAAUAUUUUACACAGAAUGUUUCACUAUGAUUUUCUAUUUUUUCCUUUGCUAAAAUACUUUAAAGGGAUGUGUUCAUGAAGCAAUUUUCUAUGCUUAUGGUACUUGCUAGUAAUACAUUUGCACCAGAGUUUCUUUUCUAACUUGGCCAAAUUGCUUGUUCUAGGUCUAUAAUUUAUUAACUGGCUAAUGUGAAUUUACUAUUCUCUUGAUCCUUUUUUAGCUGUCAUUUAACUACAAAUUAUCAAACUGCUGGCCACAUCAAAUAGUCCACUUUUUCAUUUCCCUUAUUUUUUUAUGAUCAUAUGUAUGAUGAUCUCCUUUAUAGCCUGUGACCACCUUAAGAAAUACAGCUAUUAACAGACAAGUACUUUUUGGAUUUCACAUCUGAAAUGGUGACAAACACCUGCUUCUGAUAAAGAUCACUCAAUUGUGCAUUUGGAAGGAACUUGUUGAUAAUACAAUCCUAUUUUGUGCUUCCCUCCCUAGAUUAUACUUAUCUUUUUUUGUACCAACCAAUACUUCCAUCAAUAUUGAUCCAAACUCUCUUUGAACAAAGGACAGUCAACUCUACUUCAUGUGCCUGCCUGAUUUGGAUUGGUCUAACUUUUUUUUGUUGUUUGAUUAUAGGCCAUACUGUCAGUCAAAAUAAUUGAAUAAUUAUGUGUUAAAUAUAUCUCAUAAGAAGAAGAAACUUUAUGAAAUAGAAAUGUUUUAAUGGCAAUCAAAAGACACUUUUUAAUAUGCACUUCCUAAUUUUAUUGCUUGACAAAAUUUUCUCUUACUAAAAAUAGUAAGAAUAAUUAAACCUGCUCAAAUUUACUCAUUUAUCAUUAGGCUUUGCACACUAUGUAACUAGUAAAUUAUGCUCAAAAAAGUAUGUUAUUUCUAUAGAAGAGAAAAUUAUUAGUAAGGAAAUUUCUACUAGAAAACCCAUGUGCUAUUCACCCUUGGGCUUAACACUUCUCUGUAGUUAAUUUACUAAAUCCAGACCUGUGUCUUUCUCUGCUGAGCCGUGUGCAGUCUGGCAUCUCAACAGCCUCUGAGACAUUGAUUUCUGUGGUGUUCACCUCAAAUUUCCCAUUUAAAUCUGAACUUGUCAUUUAGAAACAACUUAUCACCUCAUCCAUUUGGUUUCUCUUCAUGACUUCUCUCUAACAAUAGUAUUAUAAUUCUGUCUGUUCCUCAGUCUUGAAAGUUUGAACUCAAUUUUUCUUUCAUUUCCCCUCAUAUACCACCUCUAAUCAGUCUCCAAAUCUUAUUUCCUUCUUCAAAAGAUUCAUCCAAACCCUAGGCUUUUUACUCUUUACUGUAUCAUUUAAAUCAUUAUUGAGUUAUUCCUUGAAAUUUCUUAUAUUUCUCCACUACUCAAAAUCCCCCCAAGACUCACUUGUUGGUACUUAACUGUACAACCCUCACCCCCACAAUUUAAUUUUGAUAUAUACUUUUGGAUUUACCAACCAUAGUUUCUCUCUCAUGGCUACUUCAGUUUAGUGAAGAGCAGUCACUAUUCACUGAAUAUAAUCUUAAUUACUCAGCUUAUUUUAUGCUGAUUUCCUAUUUAAAAAUCUGAUCCCCUCCAGGCAUUUCAUAUGAAGUCGGGGUGUAGCUGCUGUCAGCUACAGAGUCACUUGUUUCAAGAUGGAGUAUGAAAAGUCCCAACAUAUGAUUCCAAAUUACUUUCGACUAUGGCAUAAGAUAUUCAGAUUACUACCGAAUACUGUCAAUUUGUUUACCUUAAGGAAAAUUUUAUAUCUUGAUUUAAAAUGUUCAGUACAUAAAUAAUUGCCUUAAAUUGGG